CAUCAAAGAUGCGCACCACAAAGCCACGAGCGCGAUUCACGACUUUGCCGUUCUUAAAAUCUGGUAUGGCGAAACCUGGAGAGAUUAGUGCCAAGGUGGACAGGUGGAAAAAUAAAAAAAAUUAAAGGGUUCGGUGAGUGGCUGACGAGAAAAGUGCAACGUAAACAAACACAUUCACAUGCCACUGACAAAAUAUACAAAACUAAAUAAUUAGAUUUCACGCAUGUCGCUUUUUUAAUUGCCGCCUGUCACUAUGACUUGGCACGCCCACGCGGCAAGCUUAUAAAGAGUAGCGUGCCAGGCAUAUGCCACACAAUUGCGUCUUAUGAUGAGGCCCGAUCACUCUAUCAGUUGCUGGCACAGAUCCUGGCAGCUGCUGCUGUUCAGCCUGCUGCUGCUGGCGCCCAAGCUCUGCGGCGGCGUCAACAUGCAACAGUUUCUUCAAUCGCUGGACAUGAUGCGCAACGGCUGUGUGCCCAAGUUCAAGGUGCCGCUGGACAUACUGGAUCGCAUACGUGAAGGCGACUUCGACAUGGAACCCACUCAAGAUUUGCUGUGCUACACGAAAUGCGUUGCCCAGCUGGCGGGCACUCUGACCAAAAAGGGAGACUUCAGUGUGAACAAGGCCAUGGCCCAGAUGCCCAUCAUUUUGCCACCCGAGCUGCAGGAGCCCGCACAAAAGGCGCUCACCUACUGCAGGGAUGAACAAAAAGCCUACAAGGACUCAUGCGCAAAGGUCUACUACACAAGCAAAUGCAUGGCGGACUACGAUCGUGCACACUUUAAGUUUCCAUAGCAACAGAAGAAGUAAAAGAAAAGCUAGAAAUAUUUCCUUUCGGGUGCUUGGCCACGUUCUACUUACUCUGUCGCUUCUCCUUGCCCUGUGGAUGAGACAAUGUAUGUGUGUGUGUGUGUUUCAGUACAAAACUUUCGCUGUAAAACGGAUAAUAAAUGAUUAGCCAACCUGUUGCAAUUUAUG